CGCGGAGAUGAGCGCGCGGAGUGCCUGACUAGGAGGAGCACGGGGACCAUAAUAUUACGCGCUCUCUGUAUCUCCUGUUGAAAGUCUUGUAGAUUUAUCCGCCCGGACGCUGCCGAGUCUCGCAGGGGCCUGUGAGGACUGGAACUGCGAACCUAUCCGCUCCGUUACAUCCUAAAUCCUCGUCAGAUCUUUGUUGAUCUUUCUUGCACUCUUCAUCGUCUCCUGUUUUCUUCCCUCAUACCCUCCUCCCUCCUUUCGCUUCAUCUUCCCUCCUCUCCUUUGUGUCUCCAAGCCCCGGGCUUUAUUACUCAAACCCACUGACGGGAGCAACGCACAGUAGUUGGCAAAGGAUGAGGCACGUUUGCUUGCCAACACCAGACAGAGGAUAAAAGACACAAAAAAAAAGACUAUAGCAACAGGGAGGAGUGACAAAGAGAGAGAAACGGAGGCAACAACUACUGGAGGGAGCUACAACAAAGCUGUGACAGACAACAAAAACAAUCAGGAUGCCAAGACAAAGGAUAGACACAAGUUUCACUUGAUUGUCAGGAGCUAGCACCACGCUCCUACCGAAUAAAGGAAGUGUGAGCCAUGCCAGCCAAAGGAAAGUACCUGCUGAAUAACCAGGAGCUCAAAAAUGAGGCGCUGUACCGCAGAUUCUCCUGCAUCAGCCAGUACCAGCCACUGGCGCUGCUGCUGGGCCUCUCCAUACUCUGCUGUGUAAUUUUCCUCAUCCUCUUCUUUGCCUUUAAGCUGAGUGCACAGGACCAUCGUGCCUUUGUGAGUGUGGUGAGCUGCAGCCUGUGUGUUUUCCUAGCUGUAUUUUUGCUGGUGUGCACAGAGAUUCUCUCACAACGAUGGAGGCUCUGGCUGGGCCUGGUUAUCUGGGUCACUCAUCUAACCCUGGGUUACACCUUCAUCUUCAGUGGCAGCAUCAUCUUACCCUGGGACCAGGUGCCUUUCUUCCUCUUUAUCAUCUUCACAGUCUAUACCAUGCUGCCAUUCCAGUUAUGGCAUGCUAUGGUACUGAGUGUCAUCACCUCCCUGUCUCACAUAUUGGCCCUCACAGUGUACUUUGCAACUGACACAUCAAACACACCAAAGGCCAUUGCAUAUCAGCUCCUGUCCAAUGCAGUGGUGUUUCUGUGUGGCUGUGGAGUCGGAGCCUUUUAUAAGUUUCUAAUGGAAAAAACGUUAAGGCAGACCUUCCAAGAUACUCUGAGGUGCCUAAGCAUGCGGGUGAAGCUUGAGAUCGAGAAGAGACAACAGGAGAACUUGCUGCAGUCUGUGCUCCCUGUUUAUAUUUCCAUGAAGAUGAAACUGGCAAUAAUGGAGCGGUUGCAAGACUGUAAAGAUAAAGAUGAGCAGCAGCGACUAGUGAAGGAUAACAACUUUCAUAGCCUUUAUGUGAAGAGGCAUGAGAAUGUCAGUAUCCUGUACGCAGACAUUGUUGGCUUCACUCGCUUGGCCAGUGACUGUUCCCCUAAAGAGCUUGUACAUAUGCUCAAUGAACUGUUUGGCAAGUUUGACCAAAUUGCCAAGGAGAAUGAAUGCAUGAGAAUCAAAAUCCUGGGAGACUGCUACUACUGUGUGUCGGGCCUGCCAGUAUCGCUGCCUAAGCAUGCUAAGAACUGUGUUAAAAUGGGCCUGGACAUGUGUGAAGCUAUCAAGCAGGUACGAGAAGCCACUGGAGUAGAUAUCAACAUGAGAGUGGGUGUUCACUCAGGCAACGUGCUCUGUGGUGUGAUCGGCCUCAGAAAGUGGCAGUUUGAUGUAUGGUCACAUGAUGUCACCCUGGCCAAUCAUAUGGAGUCAGGAGGCCUUCCAGGCCGUGUCCAUAUCACAGAGGCAACUCUGAAGCACCUCAACAAGGCCUAUGAAGUUGAAGAGGGCAACGGCCACCUCAGAGAUCCUUACCUCAAUGAACUCAAUAUCCAGACUUACCUAGUCAUCGAUCCAAGGUCGAAGGACCCAUCACAGAACAACCGGACUGAUAAACCCAGAGUGAAUGAUGGGCUGAAGAUGAGGGCGUCGGUCCGUAUGACCCGUUACCUUGAAUCCUGGGGGGCCGUCAAACCUUUUGCACACCUGCAGAGCCGGGAGGGCUUUACGUCUGAAAGCAUUGUUACUGCAAAGACACGGUUCAAGGACAUUCCUUUGCGAUCACCCACAGGCUCCAAGAGCACUGAUAGCUUUGAUGAGUCGCUUGAAGAGCCAUACUCCUUGUCCACCCCUUCGCUCAGCAACCAUAAGAUCAAAUCCCAGAAGACUAAGUUUGACGAGCAGCUGCACAACGAGAUGACCACUACGAUUGAUGAGCUCAGCAGCAAGCAGUGGUCAAAUUCUGAAGAGAGUGGCAGUUUAGCCUUGUGCUUUCCAAAGAAAGAUUUAGAAAAACAGUACCGAGCUCUGGAUUUGCCGAUGUUCAAGCACUAUGUGGGCUGUGCAACCUUCAUCUUCCUCUGUAUCUUUGUGAUUCAAAUGCUUGUCAGUAAAGACAAACAGAAGUUGGGGACGUUCUUCGGCGUGUUGGUCUGUAUUCUGCUGGUGAUUUUGACCAUCUGUUAUGCAGGUCAAUUGCAGCGUGUGUUUCCACACAAGCUGUCGGGAUGUCAGUGGCUGCCAGCUGUAUCCGAGGCGGUGGUUAAGCGGCCGUUUCUGCGCCUCCCUCUGGCAACCAUUACCACUGCGGUUAUCAUUAUCCUGGCGCUGUUUAACCUGUGUUUCGUCAGUAUGGACCAUGAGGACCGUGAGACGCUGCCUUACUCUGUAUGCUGCUGCAUCCUGUCGCUUAUCGCAUGUGGAGUUUUUCUGCGGGUGAGCUUUGAGCUCAAAGUGCUCUUCCUCACCAUCGCGUCCACCGUGUACUACAUCAUCAUCUUCAGCACCCAGGAGAAGCCCUUCUCGGACUUCGAAAGACGACUCCCGUUUCCAUACAACAACAGCUUAAACUGCAGCCUGAGCUACAAUGAAACUGACUUCUUCCCAUGCUGCAUUGGGCUUGUAAAAAACCUUCAGAUUAUGAGCGCCAUAUACAUCGCACUGUUUCUGGUGACCAUGCUCAUCAUAUCCAAGCAGAACGAGAACUGCUUUCGGCAGGACUUCCUGCUUAAGUACAAGAACCGCACAGAGCAGGACGAGAUCGAGACGAGGGAGAACCUGAACCGUCUGCUGCUGGAAAACGUGCUGCCCGCACACGUGGCAGCACUGUUCGUCGGUGAGAACAAGAAGAACGAGGACCUGUACUACAAGUCGUAUGACUGCGUCUGCGUGAUGUUUGCCUCUGUGCCGGAUUUCAAAGAGUUUUACACCGAGUGUGACAUUAACAAGGAGGGCUUGGAAUGCCUCCGGCUGCUCAACGAGAUCACUGCCGAUUUUGACGAGCUGCUCUCCAAACCAAAGUUCAGUGGUGUGGAGAAGAUCAAGACAAUUGGCAGCACCUACAUGGCAGCCGCGGGGCUCAGUGGGGCGCCUGGGCAGGAAAACCAUCAGGAUAGAGAGAAGCAGCAGGCCCAGAUAGGCAUCAUGGUGGAGUUUGCCAUCGCUAUGAUGGGCAAGUUGGAUGGUAUCAACAGACAUUCCUUCAACAGCUUCAGGCUUCGUGUGGGAAUUAAUCAUGGCCCAGUGAUAGCUGGAGUGAUCGGGGCAAGGAAACCACAAUAUGACAUCUGGGGCAACACGGUGAACGUAGCCAGCAGGAUGGAGAGUACUGGAGAAAUGGGAAAGAUCCAGGUAACAGAGGAAUCCUCUGAAGUGCUGAAGAAGCUGGGUUACUCCUGCGAGUGUCGAGGGCUCAUCAACGUGAAGGGGAAAGGGGAGCUGAAAACCUUCUUUGUGUGCACUGACACGAGCAAACAGCAAGGCAUGGGGCUGAGCUGAGGCCCGGCCGACACAGCUGCAUACAGACUCAUGUACACAAGGUAAAGAGUUUAGAGACUCGGGCACAUCACACGUGUCCGCCGGGCAGUAACACGUGUUCCUGCGAUGCUGUUGAAAGGAAGAAGGAAAUGGCCCCUUCACUGUGAGGGGGAUACAACUGGGACCAUUUAGUUAGACCAGAAGACGGAGAUUGGUCGCUGUGAACCGCCGCCAUCGCUCUUCUGUUCACAAUAAAAACCAUUGAUGUCACAUCCUUUUUUUUAUUCUGUUUCUAACCUAACGUGAUGAAAAUGAAUUAAUGUAUUAAUGCCAUUUUAUUCUCGAAGACUUCUCUGUUGUUGAUUUUAACAAUUUUAUCGGACUUAAUUUGAGUUUAUCUGUUCAGGCUUACAUUUGUGGCCUGAAAGGACUUUUGUUGUGAAUUAGCACUAUUUAAAACUAAAUUAAAUCACUCCUUUGAAGAAACAAUUAAAAACCCUUUCUGAAGUUUUGUCUAUUUAAAAGUGAUGGAUCCCUCUUCUGCAUAAUAAACAUGACAAAUGUUAGGUAUUGAGACUGAGCUGUACUAUAUGAAAACUUAAUUCUCGCUCACAUUCAGGUAACAAAGGCAGUUCUCCUGCCUGGUUUAAAUCUUCACACCCUCAGAAAUUGAAGUCAUGACUCCCUGUAAGUUCAGGUACAACUCUUUGUUCAUUCCUUGGUUCCAGCUGUGCAGUUUCACCACUCCAGGAGUUUAUAUAUUUCACAAGAGCUGUGUUGAAUGUAUUCUAUCAGUUUUGUUUAUUCCAAUCUGAUAGAUAAAAAAAAAAAAAAAAAAAACUAUUCUGCUCCCUUUUGGUUUCCAUAUGUGCUGCUAGGAGGGAAAAAGUUCUGCAUGUCCUCAGUUGUGCGAUCUAACAACCUUCCUUGCUGUGAUUUUUCUUUUCUGGCCACCAUAACACUGUCGGUGCCUCUGAAUCCGUCUCGUGGCCUUGGCGUCUGAAACCAACAUCUUGUCUGUAAUGCCUGUUGCAUAAUGUUGUAUUGGCCUUUCUGUGAACAAAUGUGACAUUGACUUUUUGUACAGUAACAGAAUGUAAUAAAUGUUUUCGUAAGUC